AUGCCUGGGAAAAAUUUUCUUGGCUUCGAGGGCAAAUAUUGUUUCAAUGCUGAGCAAAUUUUAGAAAUUUCAUCUUUAAAUGAAGUUGCUACACAAAAAGAGGAAGUGCGCCAGGUGUUGCGAGUACUGAUGGGCAAAAUUUUUCAAGGUCAUUGUAUAGAGGCUGAUGAAUCAGUGACAGACUUUUUAGAUGACAUUUUCCACCACUAUGGGGACUCUUGUACCCCUUACAUGAACCUCAAAGGGCUUAAAAGAAUGAUUCAUGACCUUCAAAAUGCUGGCCACAGCCAUGAUCAUGAUCACACCCAUCAUUCUCAUGAUCAUAGCAAAGAUCCUCAUGAGCAUGAGCACCAUAAUGAAUGUCAUCAUUCCAAUGAACUGUUUUCACUUUACCAUACUCAUGAUCAUCAUAGCCAUUCGGAUAACCAGAAUAGUGCAAGUGGUGGAAGAUUUACCAGCCACAAACAUCAUGAUGAUCAUACAGACCACGAUCAUGAUCACGACCACUCUGGCCAUGAUCAUGAUCAUUCUAUCAAGCAUGACCGUCUUAUACACAGCCAUGGUGAUGAUGAUAGCCACAGUAGUCAGCAUGUCUAUAAUGAGCAUGAACAUGAUGACCAUUUAAUCAACUCUGAACAUGACCAUGAAAGUGCUACUCGAAGCAAUAUGGUUAUUCAGAAUCUUACUGAUACUAUACAUCAAGAGGAGCAUAAUCACAAAGAACAUUCUGACCAUGUGCUUCAAAAUAAAGCUGAGAGUACGAACUCCAGUGCAAAAGCUGAAGACAAUAGAGGUACUUCAGCAGUGCCUGAGGAAAUAGACUUACAACCUGUCUCUAACAUUAGCAUUUACAAUGCUUCACAUGCAGAUGGACAUCACAUGGUGCAUUUUGAAUCUACUAUUGGUAUUGGGAGCUCUGAGCCAAUAACCACAAAGGAAAACAUUGAUUGGAUGUUGUCUACAGCAGCUUCAUCAGCUGUUAGUUCUAGAUUUCAGAGAUCAGCAUCAGAGGAUAGGGAUCCUACUGUUUCUAAAGAUCUAACAGCUGAAAGUGGGGAUUUCAAUGUCCCAUCUUCAUCCUUGAAAAGUGAUUUCUUCCAUCAGGUUGAAAGGCAGAAAGAAAAAGAUGAAACAUAUCAGCAGUCGGAUGAUGUGAAGAAGGUCUAUUUGCUUCGUAAUGGGGAAAAUGAAAGGCAAACAGAUUCUACUUUACAGUUAAAUGACAAAUUUGCUAGUUUAGCAACAAAGUGUCUGAGUGUUGAAGAUUUAAUUUUGAAAUUUGGUCAUCAACAAAACAGUUCACUUAGUAAAGGAGAUUUCCUCGAUUUGUGCCCUGCUCUUAUUCAGCAGAUAGUUAGUGGUGUCUGCACUGAACCUGCUCCUCCCCCUGCUCCUGCUCCAUCUCGUGCAGAAGUUUAUGGUUAUGGAUCGCUGUCAGUUCUGGUGAUCAGCUUGACUUCUCUAGCCGGAGUUCUUUUAUUGCCCGUCAUGACAAAGCGUGCAUACAACUACAUCAUUGCUGGGUUUUAUGGUCUUGCCUUUAGUACACUUGCUGGAGAUGCCUUAUUGCACCUCAUGCCACAGUUUUUAGGUCUCCAUAUGCAUGGGUCAGGUGGUUCCCAUGAACAUUCUCAUGAUGGUUCAUUCCUUGAGCCGUAUACUCAGCUGCAACUUGGAGUUUUCUUCACCAUCUAUGGACUCUUUCUUUUUGAGGCUAUACUUUGUGCUUUUUCUUCCAAUGGACAUAAUUCUAGUCAAGACAAUAAAAGUCAUGGUCACAGUCAUGUUCAUAUUGCAGAUCAAUUGCCAACUUUGAUUUCUGUCAAAAGUAAAUCAGAAACACAGCUGCCUGUUUCGAGAGACCAGUCGAGUUCGUCCUUAGAUACAGAAAUUGUUGAUAUGGAUUCCAUUAAAAAGCCACCAAAUUUGAUGGUUGCCAAGCCUUUAUUCUGUGGACUGACUUCUAUGGCUUUAGUUGUCACUCUGGGGGACUCUAUUCACAAUUUUGGGGAUGGGCUGGCUAUAGGGGCUGCUUUUUCCACCGGUGUUCGUGGAGGUCUCUCUACUGCCAUUGCUGUUUUCUGUCAUGAGCUUCCUCAUGAAUUUGGAGAUUUUGUUGUUCUUCUUUCAACUGGACUCUCCUUUUCCAAAGCUUUGGUUAUAAAUUUUCUAAGUGGACUGACAUGUUUUGCUGGGCUUUAUAUUGGAAUAUACAUAGGUGAUAAUGAAAUGGCAAGGAAGUGGAUCAUGGCCGUUACUGCUGGCAUAUUUCUCUAUGUUGCUCUUGGAGAAAUGAUACCAGAAUUACGUGAGCAAGGCCAAGGUUCACCUUUUAAAAUACUUUUAGUGAAAAAUUUAGGAAUUUUAAGUGGAGUCUUAAUAAUGCUGCUGAUUUCUAUGUAUGAGGAAGAAAUGAUGUGAUUUUUGUUUUUUAUUAAUGCCAAUUGUAGCUUUGUAGCCAUGCUUAACUCCCACAAAAUAAGUCUUCCAGAUGACUCUGACAUUACAGAACACCCCUUAAAAUUAUUUUCAAUUGA